GCAGGACAGGAGCAGCACACCAGCAGCCAUCGGGCCGCAACUGGCGCAAGCACCCAGCUUCCCUCCCAACCACCACCACCGCCCUGCGCAGAUCUGUGCGCGCCACAAGCCCUGCUCCACACGCCGCCCGCCGGCACCUGCCGCCGUCCGCACAAGCAAGAGCACGCACGCCGCGUGGCCGGCGCUGCAGCGGCAAGUGCGCCACCUGUCCGUGCACGCGCCGGCGGGCGUCGAGGAGGAGAUCUGCAGCCACGCCACGGCUCUGCGCUGAGCCGCCUCGCUCGUCGAAAUGGCCGCGCUGCUGCGGCCCUACCUCUUCGGCGGCAGCGGCCCCAGCACGCCUGUCGAGGGGGCGCCGCCCGUGCCGCCGCUCGGGCCUGCAGACGGCGGGAGCGCGCUCAGCCAGACGCAGCGCCGCGAGCUGGAGCAGCGCGCGCUGCGACUCGUAGCCAAGCAUGAGGCAGACCGGGGUCUCGUUGCCGCAGCCGGAAGAACGCUGCUGCCCGCCCAGGUCGCUGAGCUCGUCUCGGCCCUCUCCAUCCUGGCGCGGGUCUCGCUGAAGAGCACCGCAUUCCUCAUCGAAGUUGUCCUCGAGGCUGCAAAGCAUGGCACCGGCAUGGGCCUCGGCCUGACUCGCCGGGCGCUCAUCACCGCCGUCGGCACCGCUCGGGCGGUGCAUGCCAUUCGCGGCGGUGACAACGAGUGGAGCUUCGAGAACGGCGAGGCGCGAAGCACCGGAGGCGAUGCGUUUCUGAACGUGCUGGACCGCUACACGAGCCUCGGCAUCUACCUCAUCCAUUCGACCUUCACCAUGGCUGAGCUGCUCGCGAUGAGCAGCUUCCAUCUCGCCGACGCAGGCAUCCGCGGCGGCCUAGCAGCUGCCGACGAGUCUGUGCAGCUGAUCGAUGGCAUCUUUGGCUCCAACGAGACGAGCCGGGCGCUUGCCAGCUUCAUCACGCUCGUACGCAGCGAGCUCACGCAGGAUGCCGAGUAUGCCGCGCACACGGGCGGCAGCUGGUGGGGCCUCGCGGCGCUCACGAAGGCACUCACCACGUUUGCGGUGCUGCAGAACGCCACGUACAAGCGCACGGCGCGUGCGCAGCGCAUGCGCGUCGUGUACGACUGCACGGUGCUGGGCACUGCAGAGACACGGUCGUGGGCCGCAAUGAUCGUCGGCCCGGGCAACUUCACCAAGAGCGGCACCGCUGCACAGCCGCGCAUGCUCGAAUCGAGCUCGCCGAUGGGCUCGCCGCCGCUAGGUGUGCCGCCGCGCGCGUCGAGCCACUUCGGAGGCCGCUCCGACAUGUCGGCGUCGCAUGCAUCCAGCAGGCGCAUGUCGCGCAACAGCAUGCACAGCGGCUUCAGCACGGUCCGCCGCUCGCAGUCCAUCUUCGCCGGCUUGGACGAGCCGACAGCGCUGGAGAGCGUCGAGUACGGCGACGCGCACGGCAGCAGCUCGCCGUACCAGUCGAGCAUCGACGGCAGUGCGUCGGUACUGGAAGACCUCGAGUAUCUCGUCGGCACCGCUCCGGAUGACGAGGACCCGAAUGAGACGUUUGCGCUGCCGCAGAGCGACACAGGCUCCACCAUCGUGGCCGGCCGUGACGAGCUGCCGGAGGAAGUGCUUCGCGCUGUUCGUGGCGCGGAUGACGAAGAGCUGCGGGAGGGCGUUGCGCUAGACUCCCCGGCGGAGGACACCCGGCGCAUCGUGCGCCGCUAUGCCGGCGGAGGCGGUCGCGAAGAGCUGUCCGAGGUGGUCACCGAGACGAUCGAGGUGGUCGAGACGACAACGACGCUCGAGACCAGCGAGGAGCCGGUCAGACGGCGGCGCAAGGGAAAGGCGGACGCCGCAGCGCCUGACCAGGGCGCCUCUCGUCUCGGCCGCCGCCUCGCCAAUCCCUUCAGCGCGCUCUUGACCGACAGCCGCUCGCUGGAGGGCAGUUCGCGAAGCCGAACCUCGCCAAGGGUGGGCGCCGAGGACGAGGACGACGAAUGGCUGGAGGUCUCGCACUCCGCGUCGGCGAGUGGCGUUCAGCAGGCAGCCUUGCUGCACGGCGGCGGCGAAGCAGAGACGAACCUGCGCCGUCUCUUGCACGAGGACAAGCAACGACAGCCGCUGCCGCUGCCACCGAGCAGCGAAGGACAGCAGAGCGUUGCGGCGCGCGCGCGGCAAGAGGCGCUCGAGGAUCCCGAGGAGAGCCGCCAGCGCAUGACGCUGCGCACAAUCACCCGCAAGCUGGUGCAGAAGCGGCGCACGGUCCGUCGCGUGCACGACUUUGAUGACGCCGGAGCCAGCACCGCCGCUACUUCGCCGCAAGUCUCUCCGCCUCGCUCGCCCAAGGCUAGUCGCCGAGGACUGACCGAGCGUCGCGAUGCGCCGACGUCCGCGCGAACGGAGCAGGGACGAUCGGCCUCGGCAGGCAGCGAGCUUGCCGAGGGGAUCCAGCGAGCUUUUGCAAAGGCAAAAUCGUCGGUCAUGGGCGGAUCGAGUGCGAGUGCCUCUCGCUCGGCGGUGUCGGCCAGAACGGGCGCGAGCCUCAAGGAGAUCUCCAAUCUGCAGUCUCCCGGCCCUUCGUCCGGUGCCAGCACACCUCGAAGGGUCGUCAACGAGCGGGCGCAGCCAGACAUUCCCGUGCGCGCAUCGCGCCGCACUGGGGUGCCGGCGGCCGGUUCAGCAAGUGCUCCUUCGCGGCACAAAGAGCUGCCUCGUCCUCCGGCACCUCGCCCGCCGCCAGACCCGCAGUCUCGCGCCUAUCCGCCCGACUCGUCGCAGACACGCCGUCCACGCACAAGGAGCAUCAGCUCUGUGCGCUCCAUCACGUCGCAGUCGCACAUGCGCAGCACCACCACCACAACGCGCGCCGAGGCGUCCGCCCAUGCGGAAGGGCCGCACGGGGCGCCAGGAGCGUUUCCGCAGCAGCGGCUGGCCACGAAUCUGCGGCGCUUCAUGCGGCACGCCAGCGCCUCGUACGGCCAGAACUUCAUGCGUCUGCUCGGCAUCGGCGAGGCCGAUGUGAUGUUCACGCAACGACAGCACCACCCCAACGUCUACGCAUACUGUCAUCACGUCGGCAUCCCCGCCGAGCACAUGCUGCUCAGCAGCUAUUCCGAGGGCGGCGGGGUCCUGCCCUUCUCCAAGGCCCUCUCGCCGAUCGUGAACUUCAUCUCGAUCGACGACGCCUCGCGCGCCAUUGUGCUCACCUGCCGCGGCACGAUGGGCCUCUCGGACAUCCUCGUGGACCUGACGUGUCUGUCGGAGGACAUCUGGGUCGACGGCGGCGAUCCGAAGCACACGUAUCAGGUGCACUCGGGCAUGGCUGCUUCUGCACGCCGCCUCGCAAAGGGCAGCACGGUGCUGGAGACCCUGCGACAGGCGCUCGAGUCUCGACCGGACUACGGUCUCGUGCUGACCGGUCACUCGCUCGGCGGCGGUGUCGCAUCGCUCCUGGCGCUCCUGUGGAGCUCUCCGGCGCACGUCUUUCACGACCGCAGUCUUGCGCAGCCAGACGGGCAGCCGCGCGUCCGACAUCCGCCCAUCGAGACGCCUUUUGUCACCUCAUUCGACUCUGGGCUGCCGCCCGGCCGGCCGAUCCACUGCUUUGGCUUCGGCGUGCCGGCCGUCUUCAGCGCCGACCUGUCGCGCUGGAGCCAGGGUCUCUGCACGUCGCUCGUGCACGGCUUCGACAUCGUGCCGUCGCUCUCGCUUGGCGUCUUGCACGACCUCAAGGCAGUAGCCAAGAGCCUUAGCGAGGAGGACAGCGUGAUGGCGCAGGAGAUCGUCGGGCGCGUGAUCGGCCUCUACCAACGGCAGCACGCGGGCGGCUCGAAGCUGCUUGCGGAGCAGUCCAGCGGCGCCGCUGGCACGCGUCCGUCCGAUGUGCCGCUUCACGAACGCGAGCAGCGUCUGGACCUCCGCGAGCUGGCCGAGGGCCGCACACGCAAUCGAGCAGCUGAGGCCGGCUACACCGAUCCGCGUCUUUCGGCUGAGCCUGGCGAGGAUGCCGAGGCAGAAGAGCUGCCGCGCGCGAAGCCGGAACGUGGUGGCUACAAGAGCAAGAAGGCCGAUCCACAGACGGACGAGGAGCUGGCGGACUGGCUCUGGGACCUGCUGCAGACGAUGCGUGCCGACAUGUCCAACGACAAGCUCUAUCCGCCGGGCCGCGUGCUCUGCAUCGAGGCCUUCGCCGUCUACGUCACGGCUGCCUCGUCGGGCACGUCUGCCUCGUCGCCGUUCAUGCAGGCCGGCCAGUCGUCGUCCAAGCGCAGCGAGGCACACCGCGUGGUGCUGCGCGAGUGCGAGGACGUGCGCGCACGCUUCGGAGAGCCGCUCUUUGCGCGCUCCAUGCUGCGCGACCACACGCCGCCGGCGUACGAGCUCUGCACGCAGCUGCUGUACGAUGCUGUCGUGGACGACUCUGAGCGCGCGCAGACGGGCGCCCGGGAGAACGCCGGCAUGUCGUGAUCCACGACCCAGAACACAGCACGGACCUCAUCGCGACUCCUGACUCCACUAGAUGACGAUACUCGAGGACUCCCUCUCUCGCACGACCUGCGGCAUGCGCAACACACACUUCACGCGCACCGCCCUCACGCCAACUCAUGCGGACUGAUACCCGUUACGCUAUGCCCUGGUGCGAGUGCGAGGAAUGAGGCGUCUAUGUGAGGCGAGGCGACGGCGGAGAGGUAUGCAUGAUCCGAGAGGAUGCGAGUGUGCU